CCUCCCCCCUUCUCUCUCUCUCUCUCUCUCUCUCUCACACACACACACACAGAGGUAUGGAUAUACAAUACUUGCCUCCCUCUUGCUCUUUGCAAGUAAAGAGCCACAGAAAUCCAAAGUCAAAUACAUCAUGGACUAGAAGUCAUAAACAAAAUAACAUAAUUUGCUUCAAAUCCAGGAUCACCUAUUUUGCUUGUGCAUACUACAAUUUACAUAGAAAAAAUACAUCACAUUCUUGGAAAGUAUAUGAAACAAAGACGAGAAAAACCAUAGUAAAUUUGAGAGAGCAGCCUCCCGAGGUAUCCAAGAAAAAGGGUACUGUUGCCGGUGCAGUCGCGCUAAUUAUUGGAACCAGUAUUGGUUCUGGGAUUCUUGCCCUCCCCCAGAAAACUUCCCCUGCUGGACUACUUCCAAGUUCCAUAUCUCUGACAAUCUGUUGGGCUUUUCUUUUGAUUGAAGCACUUUUGCUAGUUGAAAUCAAUGUUGGUUUGCUGAAACAGAAGAUAAAUAGAGAAGAAGAGGAUGAAUUGGAGGUUAUUUCAAUCAGAACCAUGGCCCAAGAGACACUAGGAGAGUGGGGUGGAACAUUGGCCACUGUGACCUAUGUUUUCUUGGGUUACACUUCUAUGAUUGCUUAUGCUUCCAAGUCAGGUCAGAUCCUUUACCAUUUGAUCAACCUUCCUGAGUCGAUCUCAGGGAUCUUCUUCACAGCCCUCUUCACUGUUCUUAUCGCGGUUGGAGGGACACGAACCACGGAUCAAGUCAACCAAUGGCUAACCGCUUCCAUGUUAGGUUUGCUGCUAGGAAUUGAGGUUCUAGCUGUCGUGUUUGGUGGAUGGUCAGGACUGGAAGGCAGUGGUGACUGGGGAAAAGUUCCAGCAACCAUUCCUGUGAUGAUUUUUUCUUUGGUCUAUCAUGAUCUAGCGCCCGUUCUUUGUGCCUAUCUAGGAGGCGAUCUUAAGCGUAUAAGGACUUCAGUUUUGCUUGGCAGUGUUGUGCCAUUGUUAGCUUUGCUUGUUUGGGAUGCAAUCGCGCUUGGACUGUCGGCUCAGGCUGAUCAAGUUACUGAUCCUGUUGAACUGCUCAUGAGUGUGAGAUGGACCGGGGUUUCGUUUAUGGUAGAAGCCUUCUCACUUCUGGCAAUUGGGACAUCAAUGAUCGGCACUCUCCUCAGCUUCUCUCAGUUCUUCAGGGAGCAACUUAAUCUUUCAUGGAAUUCUCCCACCACACAAAUGUUUCAGAAACCAAACAAGGUCUUCGGUGUAAGAAGAUGGUGGGGAAGAAAUAGGAUUGGGCUCACGGCAACAGCAAUGGUCGUGGCUCCAUCUCUCUUUGUGUCAUCGACAGUUUCUGAUGCAUUCUCUACCGCGACAGAUAUAGCAGGAGGUUACUGUAUGACAAUGCUAUAUGGAGUUCUUCCACCAGCAAUGGCAUGGGCAAUGCACAACACAGAGAGUAUAGAUACAGAUCAGAACACAAUUUCAACAGCAAGGCCUGCACUUGUUGGGGUAGGACUACUAGCUUGUGGGAUAGUGAUGGAGCAAUUACUUCAAGACCUCUCAUUUUUGCAUCCCUAAUGAAUACAAUAGUUUCAUGAAAAACAAAAUGCCCUUUGUUGUGGCAUCAAAAUGUAUAUAAAUCUUCACAAUCAAUUAUUAUUUUCUGCA